AGAGAGGGAGUGAGAGACGGAGGAGGCUAUAAGGCAGUAAGAACAGGAAAAACUGAUGACAGAAGGAGGCAGAGAAACCGGUGGAGGAAAAAAAAAAAACCUGACACGUGUGAAAGAACAGCAGGUGCAUCGGACAGGAACCUGGAUUACACACAAGGAUCUUUUUAGAUUCUAUUUUAUUUAAAGGAAGGCCUUUUUUUUUUCCAGCUAAUGAGAACCUGUGCCAGAGGAUAACAAGGAUGGGAUGUGUGCUCAUGCUUUCUUUUGCUGUGGGCUACAGAAAUGGGUCAACACCUGAGAAGGAACUGAAAGGAGAAGCUGAGACCGAGGCAGUUUUGUCCUGCUGAAAGAGCACCAGAGGGGAGAGACAGACUGAGACAGAGAGAAUGCAGAAUUCACCUUUUAGGUUUUAGUUAUUGAAAAACAGGCACAGUUGAUUCUUCCAGAUAGCUGCUGUGUGCCUACUUCAUAAUGUGUAUGCCUCUACCCUCUAAAUUGUUCAAAUUUUAGACCAUUUUAUUUUGAAAAUAUUGCCGAGGUAAAUGGCUUAUCAGGCACUUUCUAACCUUUGAACAGCACCAUUUUUCAUCUUGACAAACAAACUUUCUAAACCAUAAACUAGUUUUACAGGCUAUAUGUGGACCAGUGUAGCUAAAUUUAACCUGCUGCUGGGACUCUAGCCUGGUGACCAACUGUAGCUUUCACUACAAGCAGGGUUUUAUUGUAUGAAACUUCUCAACAUAAAUGCAUUUUGGAUUCAUUUUCCUUUCCUUUUGAAUCAGCCUUUAUUCAAGCAAAAAUAAAACCCUCAAAGUCCAAACAUCCCGAGUGAUCUACAGUAGAAGAGUGGGAGCACAAAUUCACAUCCACAGAAGACACAGCUGUACCUCCACCAUGGAGGCCCUAGGACUUGAGCAUGAUGACUAUUUUGACUUCCUGUUUAAGAUCAUCCUGAUUGGAGACUCUAACGUGGGGAAGACCUGCGUGGUUCAGAAUUUCAAAUCAGGGAUUUUCUCAGAGAGACAGCAGAACACCAUCGGAGUGGAUUUCACUGUGCGGACCGUGGAUAUCGAUGGGAAGAAAGUUAAGAUGCAGGUGUGGGACACAGCAGGUCAGGAGAGGUUCCGUACCAUCACCCAGAGCUACUACCGCAGCGCCCACGGCGCCAUCAUCGCCUAUGACAUCACACGACGCCCGACCUUUGACUCUGUGAAUCACUGGAUCAAAGAGGUGGGGAUCUACGGAGCGAGCAAUGUAGUGCUGGUUCUCAUAGGUAACAAAUGUGACCUGGAAAAGGAACGCCAGGUUCUGUUUGAGGAAGCCUGCGACCUGGCUCAGAACAACGACGUACUAGCUGCUCUAGAGACAUCUGCAAAGGAGAGUCAGAAUGUGGAAGAAGCCUUCCACAUGAUGGCCAGAGAGCUGCUGGCUCGUAACGGCCUCAACGUCCAGCAUGAGGACGCAGGAAGCGGCAACACACCUCGCCUUCUGCUCCGGUCCAACUCUCGGCCAAUUGACGGAUUCGCAGCUGCCUACGCGGCACAACCAGAGGAGAAGAAGACGUGUUGCUGAUUGAAUUGAAAUGUGGAUAGAGGACAGAGAGGAGGAAGAGAAUGAAGGACACUUUUCAUCAUGAAUGUUGGAGAAGAAGAUCCAAAGACGCAUGGAUGUGGAAUAAGGCUGGCAAGGCCUCAAGAAUCUUUGCAUUGAGGAAGCAAAGAAUUGUAUUUUCUGUAGCUUACCUGCUCUGAGAGAAUUGUUGGCUGGUGCCACAAGGACAAACAUGUUUAGUAAUGGGGGAGUAAGAGACAGUGGUGACGGGUGAGACAAUCUCAUUUAUAUCAGCUAUACCUGGACAGUUUUUUUCUCCUGCUGUUUGACUCUUGUUAUUAAUUUUUUUAAAGUUUGCACUACUAACAGUAAUCAAAAUCUGGACGUAUAGACUACGGCAUUAAUAUGGUGGUUAGUUACCACAGCGUAUAAGCAUUCCAAACAUCCUCAACACCAGCUGGCCUCAUCCGUGUUAUCCUUAAAGGUGCAGUGUGUAAGAUCUGGCGACAUCUAGCGGUGAGGUUGCGGAUUGCAACCAACUGAAACUUCUCCUGCGUGCCAAGCAUGUAGGAGAACUACGGUGGCUGACACAUAAAAUGU